AUCUAUGUGUUUUCAGUUUUGUGAAAAUGCCUCGUGCAAAAGCAGCUCAGGCUGGAAGACAGGGCCCUGCGAAGAGACGCCUUGCAGAACAGUUUGCAGCUGGGGAGAUAGUGACGGACAUGUCAAAAAAGGAGUGGAAACUGGGACUGCCUGUUGGCCAAGGCGGCUUUGGCUGUAUAUAUCUUGCUGAUGCAAAUUCUUCAAAAUCAGUUGGCAGCGAUGCACCCUGUGUUGUAAAAGUGGAACCCAGUGACAAUGGACCUCUUUUUACUGAAUUAAAGUUUUACCAGCGAGCUGCUAAACCAGAGCAAAUUCAGAAAUGGAUUCACACCCAUAAACUGAAGUACCUUGGUGUUCCUAAGUAUUGGGGAUCUGGUCUACAUGAUAAAAAUGGAAAAAGUUACAGGUUUAUGAUAAUGGAUCGCUUUGGGAGUGACCUUCAGAAAAUAUAUGAAGCCAAUGCUAGAAGAUUUUCUCGGAAAACUGUGUUGCAGCUAAGCUUAAGAAUUCUGGAAAUUCUGGAAUAUAUUCACGAGCAUGAGUAUGUACAUGGAGAUAUUAAGGCCUCAAAUCUUCUUCUGAGCUACAAGAAUCCUGACCAGGUGUACUUGGUGGAUUAUGGCCUUGCUUAUCGCUACUGCCCAGAAGGAGUUCAUAAAGAAUACAAAGAAGACCCCAAAAGAUGUCAUGAUGGCACUAUUGAAUUCACCAGCAUCGAUGCUCACAAUGGCGUGGCACCUUCACGACGUGGUGAUUUGGAAAUACUUGGUUAUUGCAUGAUCCAGUGGCUUAGCGGCCAUCUUCCUUGGGAGGAUAAUUUGAAAGAUCCAAACUAUGUUAGAGAUUCCAAAAUUAGAUACAGAGAAGAUAUUGCAGGCUUGAUGGAUAAAUGUUUUCCUGAGAAAAACAAGCCAGGUGAAAUUGCUAAAUACCUGGAAACUGUGAAAUUACUGAACUACACUGAGAAGCCUCUGUAUCAGAAUUUACGUGACAUUCUUCUGCAAGGGCUAAAGGCCAUAGGAAGUAAGGAUGAUGGUAAACUGGACCUGAGUGCUGUGGAGAAUGGCGGACUGAAAUCCAAAGCAGUGACAAAGAAGCGAAAGAAAGAUGAAAGCACAGCUUCCAGUGUUGAAGAUAUGGAAUGCUCAAGCACACAGACAGAGGAGGCCAUCCAGACCCGUUCAAGAACCAGAAAGAGAGUCCAGAAGUAACUCAAAUGCUGGAAAUCGACUUUUCUGCUUGUUUGACUUUUUCUCUUUUUCUAUUUUGUUUUAUUUCAUGUGAGUUCUUGUGGGGUGGGAGUAAUAAUUAAAUACCUGUUUUUUUGAAAACAAAUUCUUUUAUUAAAAUGGAUAUUUUGUACAAUUUAUUGAGGACUAAUUUAUGAAAUU